CAACUACUCAAGUAAUUAGAGCCCCAUUUAUCUUAUCCACUUUCACUAAUAAAUCACUCGUGCUUGAAUAAAGAAGCUGGAACCGCUUAAUUUUUUUAUCAAAAUCAAUUACCGGUGACGAGAUGCACAUUCUCGACACCGGAGCUCGUUUCUCCGCCGUUAGAUUCUCACCGGUAUUCAAUCCUACUCCCCGCAGAAGAUACGUCAUCGUAAGGGCUAAUCUCCCGUUUCCGAAGCAUCAAGCUAAGUACCACAAAGAGCUCGAAGCCGCCAUCGAUGCUGUUGAAAGAGGUUGUCGCCUCUGUGUCGAUGUAAAGAGAUCGCUUUUCUCUUCGAAAGAAGACAAGAUCCUCGAGAAGAAUGACCAAACACCAGUUACCAUCGCUGACUUCGGAGUGCAAGCUUUAGUCAGCUUACAGCUUUCGAAAUUGUUUCCUUCGAUACCUUUGGUCGCUGAAGAAGACUCUCUCUUCUUGCGUGAGAACAAUCUCGUGAACUCUGUGGUGAGUGAAGUCAUCGCAAAUGCUGCUGAUGAUGAUCACUUGUCUGAUGCUGAUGUGCUUGAAGCUAUAGACAGAGGUGGCAAAGAUGCUCAUACGUUUUGCAACAAACCUGCUACUUAUUGGGUUUUGGAUCCAAUAGAUGGCACAAAAGGGUUUCUUAGAGGAGAUGUUGGUUUAUAUGUGGUAGGAUUGGCACUUGUUGUAGAUAAUGAAAUAGUGCUAGGGGUCAUGGGCUGUCCAAACUGGCCUGGAGACUCUUCAGACGGAACCACCGGGACCUUAAUGCUCUCCCAUACUGGCUGUGGAACGUGGACCAAGAGUUUGCUACAAGUAUCAUCAGCUGAUUGGACGAGGCGUUUUGUUGAUGCAUGUGGUUUAGUGAACAAGGCUCGGUUUGUUAUUCAAGAGAGCCAACCCUGGGAAUCACUUCCAUUGUCUAGUCGGUUCGACGCAAAGAUAGGUUCAGGUGACUUGCAUGGUAAUGAGAUUCGGCUUUUGCCCACGUGUCAUGGAAGUUUGUGCAAGUACUUGAUGGUAGCUUCUGGUAGAGCAUCGGUUUUCUUUCUCCGAGCCAGAACUGAGCGAAAAAGUAUAAAGUCUUGGGAUCAUGCUGUUGGGAUCAUAUGCGUUCAUGAAGCCGGAGGAAAGGUGACAGAUUGGGAAGGAGAUGAUAUCAAUCUGGAGGAAGAUCAAUCGGAGAGGAGGAUCAUUUUUCCUGCGGGUGGUAUUCUGGUUAGCAACAGAAGUUUACAUGAUCAGCUUCUUGAGAUGAUCUCUUCUGCUUCCCCAGCUCUUUGAUUUAUAUGACUACUCCCUACAGUUUAUACGAUUUUUUCGACCACACUGCAAAAUGUGAUUAUAACUUCGUGUGGCACAGAAGUCUUAAGCUCUUUGGAAAGUUUCUCCUACCCCAAUCGAUUCUUGUGUUUUCUAUUCAUAUCCUUUAUUGGGGAUUCUUGUGUUUUCUACACUCUUUCAUAUCUUUUAUUUAUUUACUA